UAACGUCGCGAGCGAUGCACUCAUUGAAGGCAAAGGGGACUCCGAUUUGUGAGACGUUAUUGACGGCCAAAACCUUAGCUCCAGAACUGUGUCUUCAGAAACGUCUCGAAUAUCGCAGAAAAGACAUCAAAUGGCGGACAACGCGGACACGAGUGGCCAAUCGGCGCGCGGCGUGGGGGCCGCCCUCUCGCACUUGACUCACAACAAGACGGAAGCGGCACUUCUGCUGACGCGAGCGCUCACUCUCUUCUUCACAGUCGCGUAUUUGGUGCCCGUCUUUGGUGUCAGUUCCGCCGCCGCCUAUCAGAAGGCUUUGAUGGCUUCGGCCGCCACUUCGGCGCUCCGUCUCCACCAACGACUGCCCGCCUUUCGGCUGUCGCGCGACUUCCUGGCGCUUCUGGUGGUCGAAGACAGCGCCCAUUACUUGCUCUUCGCGCUCCUCUUCGCGACCAACGCGCCGCUCACUCUCGCGCUGCUGCCCAUCGCGCUCUUCGCGUUCCUCCACUUCUGCGCGCAGUCACUGGCGCUCGUCGACCGCUGCGGACAAAGAGGCGCAAUGGGCGGCGCGCUGUCGUCUGUCGUCGAGUCGUAUCAGCGAUCGAUCCUACAAACCGUGGCGUUGACUGAAAUCAUGUUAAUGCCGGCCGUCGUCUUUGCCGUUCUCUCCGGCGUCGUCUCUAUCGUCGCGCCCUUUCUCUACUACCGCUUCGUCGCCCUGCGAUACGCCUCCCGACGGAACCCCUAUUCGCGGCAAAUGUUUCACGAAUUGCGGCUUUCCGUCCAACACCUCCUCUACCGCCCCCUCUGCCCCCAAAUGGUGCGCAACGCCGGUCUCUCCGCCAUCGGUCUCGUGGAGCGGUUGGCGCCGCCCGUGGCCUCCAAUUGA